AUGGAAUCCUUCGAGGAACGCAUGAGACGCCGAACGGAGGAGCAGGGUGGCUCGAAAUCCACACGCGCCGAUGGCCGAAACCUCUUGGGCUACGACUCGCCCGUCAAUUCGACUGCAAAGCAUAGCUGGGGAACGUACGGGAAUGGAGGACGCCCGAGGUUUCCCAACGCUAUCCAGGACUGGACCGGUUCUGCGAGGACUCUGCGUGAGAGAAGCAUGCUUGCGUUGAUGGCUGAUAUUACAGACAAGCCAGAGUGGACUCGAAAGGUACGGUGUGAUUGUCGACGUGGAGAAUGCUCCUCUGAUGUUGCGCAGGUAUUCGACGAAGGUAUUGUCGAGAAGUGGCGCAAAGAAGCGGCCGAGCAUGCCAAAACCCAGGUGCCGGAGCGUACGGUGUCACAGAAGAUGUUCGAGUUCGUAAGUCAUGUGUCCGUAUUCGUCUUGCGGCCUUGGGAUGAACUGAACAGAUCUGGUAGUGUAUCGCAGAGCUCCGAGACUACGCCAAAGCGCAAGAGGCCAGCAAUUUUGUGCCUGCGCUCGAUGCCGACGCCGCGGUAUACAAGUCCGACGCCAUCAUCACUGACGACAUUAAGCAGUCUCUCCGAACGGCAGCUGCGCCACUUGAGGAUGUCCCGGAGGCUUUGAAAGACUGGCAUCCAGACUCAGACGGGAAGGUUCUCGACCUCGUGCAUCCCUCUCUUUUCCCUCUUCUCUACGGGCGCUCUCGAAUACUUCCAGAGGGAACAGUCUCACUCGACGACUCGGAUACGUACAUCGGGAAAGGCGAGGUUGUUCCUGUGCCGAAUCCGCAGGACCUUGAGGUCAAGUCUUUUCCAGGGCAAGCCGCCAGUCGCUUCUCGCACGGCAACAAGAAGCCCCAUUUCUACAGCGAUCGUUUCCAGUGGUUACCAUGUGAAGUUGCGCUCACAGAUGCAGGAGUCAAGAUCACUAGCUACAUCAAUAACCUUCCUCCGAAAGAGCACAAGUCGCUGUACGAAGCCAUCGAAACCAUCAUCGCCCGAGUCAUUUCAAUGUGGGAUGCAACACUUGCUUCAACGGAGCGGACGAAUGUCCUUCGCCCGAACCCAAGGAUCGACGUGGAAGAAGCAGAGUAUAUCGAGCCACAGGGCGAGCGAGUCCGAGAGCCAGAUGAAUCGGAAAUGGACGAAGACGAGAUCGAGGAGCUCAAUGACGAAUGGCAUCGACAAAAUCGUGUCCUCAUCAUGCCAGAGCCAGGACCCUAUUCAGCUCGUCCUCCUUAUCAACAUCCAGUCCUUGGCGAAGGCGAUCGCUACCGUCGAGAGCCCGAUCCUCUGGAGAAAUUCGGCCUCCGCAAACUCUUUGCGGAACAAGGCCUACAGAUCAUCGUCAAGUUAGCCAAUAUCCAUCUGACUCCGGAGAAGCCUACCUACGACGGUGGAUCGUGGCACGUCGAAGGCCAAUUGAAUGAACACAUCUGCGCUAGUGCGCUGUACUACUACGACUCGUCCAACACCACCGAUAGCUAUCUGUCUUUCCGCGAGGGGAUGAGCUCCGACGCUUUCGGCUACACCACCUACCAGCAGGACGACUACAAUCACCUCGAAAGACUCUACGAGAUCCAGCAACAUCAGUCCGCAAUUCAAUACCUUGGCCGCGUCAAAACAACCGAGAAUCGCCUCCUCACGUUCCCCAACGUCUUCCAACAUCGUGUAGAACCCUUCAAGCUCGCGGAUCCGUCACGACCAGGCCAUCGGAAAAUCCUCGCGCUUUUCCUUGUGGAUCCGUAUAACCGUAUCCCUUCUACCGCGAAUGUACCUCCGCAGCAGAAACAUUGGUGGCGGCAGAUGGUGACCGCAUUGGAUCGUGUUGGCGAGUUACCUCCCGAGUUGGCAGAGCGGGUGGUUGACAGCAUAGGGGAUUUCCCGAUCGAUCUGGAUGAAGCGAAGAAGAUUCGGUUGGAAUUGAUGGAGGAGAGGAAGAUCUUUGUUGACAAUGUCGAGGCGAGGUUGCAAGACGAGACUUUCAAUUUUUGCGAGCAUUAA